AUGUAUGUCCCCCGUGAAGUUGGCGUUUUCUUCCUAUUGCUGUUUUUCUUAAAGGUUGCCUCCUUCGCCUGCAUUGAUGGUAUGUGUUCUAAUUUCAUUUCUUUCUGUUUUCACAUGAAAAAAGAAUUGUCUCGGGGGAAGAGUUUCAAUACGUUUUAGUGUCGCCGCACCACGAGUUCCUAGUCGUGAAGAUGUUCUCCAGCGGUACUAUGAAAAUUCUGUUAGUCUACUAGAAAAAAUAAAAAUAAAAUAUUUAGACUUGCAAUAUCUGGAUAUCUUCCAUCCAAAUGCUUCGUACGUUAAGGGUUUGCAAGAUAAGUAGUAAAAAUAACAGAAAAACAUUACAAAGUAGUCAAGAGUCAUUCGCUAAAAUGCUGUCAUAUUAUAUAACAUUCUUUGUUUGAGCCGAAAAUGUUUUUCGUUGAAGGAAGCUUAAGUGUUGCGUGAAAACCCCCGCCCCACACAUGCGCGAACUGUAACAGGUGCUUUAUCCACAAGCCCAUAUCAAAUUUCUCUUCUGCAUUCGCUGUUAAAUACAGUAUGUUGAAGUUUUUAAGCUAAAUUGUUAAAUUAUAACUAAAGAAGACACUGCGAUUCGUAGCUAUGUUCUUGUUUCUUUUUUUUUAAGAUGUUAUAAAAAUAGGUCAGUUUUUAGUAGCUGUUCGUUUAUCCCUCGCGCGUAUUUUGAGACAAGGUUAGUGAUGGUCAGCUACACUAUGGUUACGAGAUAUGACGUCAUAAGUAGCAGGUGGUCAAACCAUUUUUAAGUAAAAAUGAAUGCCUUUUCAACUUCUUUCAACAAUAAGAGUAAAGCUUGUGGAUGCAGAGAUGCAAAAUGCUUAUUUAUGUGUUACGUUACUCGUCAAGCACAAAAAAAAUACUAUUUAUCCCGGUUACAGCGAGCUCCAUGUUCUAAUACAAGUGAAAACUCGGGGAAACCUUUUAUUCUGCAGGAAAGAAUUAGUAUGGGAAACUGACAAGAUAAACAAACCCUUGAUGCUGCCGGCUGCGAAAAUUGCUUCACAUUAAGCUGACACAAAGGGUGCUUCAUUUGUUAAACAGUUCUGUCUCACAUUUAUCUCUUGUUGGUAUUCGUAAAUUUCCAAAUGCAGAGAAUAUAUAAAUUCUAAUAAAUUUAGAAGAGGGAAAAACUGCUAUCUUUUUUUGCUUAAGGCAGACACACUUAUGCAUGGAGAUUACUUAGAGCGGUUGCAAGAAACUGAUGCUGAGCGAGCCGUCAGGACUCAGGAAUCUGCAUCAGGUUCUCGUCACUUUCGUGGAUAUGUUCCGAAAUGAUGUCACUUUCAAAUCGAAAUCAGUUAAGAACGUCUGUCCCAAAACAAUAACAAGCUUAGCCCGUUAACACAGGGAUAUUGAAAUUUGCAACAGCUUCCCGUAGUUGGGAAAACAUUAUUUGCUGUUCGUUUUUUUUCUUAUUGGUUGAAUACUGAAAGCUGUCAUGACAUAGUUCUCUAUUUGAAGCCGUGAGAGGAAAAUUAAUAGGGUCAUACUGCUUUCUAUAUUCCUUUUCUCUUCUCUUUCGGGCCUUUUUUUCUCUGACAUUUUUUUUCUCUAAUUUCCAGAAGCGUGAUUUCAUUCUCCUACUGGGAAUCAUAAAAUUGGGCCCGGGUUACUUUCUAUAUAUAACUAAAAGUUUACUGAUAGUCAUGAAAACUCCUUCAACUUAUAAACGUAUUUUAACAGUUAAGCUGGACAUUGUAUUAAAUAAUUAAGAAGAUAAACACGCGAUUUACAUACAUACGUCAUUUGGCAGAUGGAUUUUAAAUGUAUUUCUUGAAAUUGUCUAUAAAUAUAUUUUUACAUGGACCUUUUAGUUAUACGCCUCCGUUCCAACCAGCUCAAAUUUCUCUUUGUGGCUGCAAAACCGUAAGAUAAAAACUAUUUACUAUACCAAUGCAAAGGUGGAGGGAUGUUUGGUUACCCCUUAUCCCUGUACUGCAGCUUAGUUAGUUCACUGUUCCUGUAGUACCGUUUAUCUAGUUUUUCAAAGUUCUUUUUUUUUUCGGUCUGUAACGUUUGAUACAAUUAAUGCUUGCAAGACAUAUUUGUUUGCAACGAAGCAUUGAUCUUGUCAUUCACAAGGUCUUUCAUGCAUGAAAAUUAAUUUCUUUUACUUAUAUGGAGGUCGCAAUAUUAACAACAUGGGAAGGACUUCUCGUAAACGACAGUGCAACUGGUUUUUUUUUUUUCUUCGUUGUUAUUUUGGCUGCCUAGAAGUAGCACAAUAAAAUAUUAAUUGAUCUGUUAAUUUGAAUGACAUGACUGAAAUCUCUCAUUUUGCACAAGUUAUUAGCGGAAAUUAACUUGUGGUAGAAGGAAUUAAGCAAAUUAAAGGGGAACAUGUAUGUUCCCCUUCAAAGUUGGCGUUUUCUUCCUACUGCGAUUUUCUUUAAUGGUUGCCUUCACCUGAAUUGAUGGUAUUGAUUCACGGUUUUUCUUCACAUUACGAGUUCCUCUAAGAAAGUACUAGUUGCACGAAAGACACAGAAAGAAGAAGAUCGUUUAAAAAUGUUUAUAUAGGCUAAGUUCCUCUUCUGUUUAUGUCUUGGUUCCAGCCUUGUCAUUCGGCUGAAAAAAUCUUCUUAAGAGAUAUUUUCGAUCACUUGAUUGUUUUGACUUCCUUAGAAACGGAAUGACAAACAUACAUAUAUACAUUUCAGUCUUCAUUCGCAUGCAGUUUUAUUGCAGUAUUAAAUGGAACGAUGUGUAUGUGUCAGAAUACUCCGUGUGUUUAAGGUCAUGUUUCCUUACCAUGACAGCAUUGCUUGCUUUCUCGUUCGGGUCUGUAGAUCUAGAUAUAUAGACGCAGGUUUGCAGUUUUUAGCUUUGAAGUCACCGUGUCUCCUAAAUAUGUAUAAUCAAAAAAAUUUCAUAACGGGGCAAAAAUAAUCUUAUAUGCGUGACAGUCAAACUUUUAUUCACUAAGAAUUCUAUGAAGCCACCCCACAGAUUUGACGACAAGCGAUCAACAGUGCCAAAUACGAGUGCAAAGUUGCACUUUUGAGUAAAAAAAAUACCAGCGCCGAAACGAGUUCUCACCUUGUUUUCAGUCGCUCCAAUGCCUGCGAGGACGAUUAUUUGGCCCACUCCAAGCGAAGCGACAAGACUUACCCGGAUUUGUGACAGUGGUGCUUUAAUAUCGCUGUGGGUCUAGUAAAAUCGCCGUGACAACCGAGGAAUCAGUUUAAUCAGCUCACCCAAACCAAGACCCAACUGAUUGAUACUUGGGACUAUUUUAUAAGAUUUAGCCAGUUAGCAAUGCUUGGCCCAUAACCUCGACGUAGAAACUGAAAAGAGCAACGACUAGCUGACUCUAUGUCUGCUAAACUCCUAAAACUCUAUGGCUGAUAAGACAAUAGUAGCUGUGUAAAAAAAGGCAAUGUGAAAAAAAGAAAAUGUAAGGAAAGCAAGGACAAGCUGAUUAUAAAUCUUUCAGAUUACUUUGUCCUUCACAAAAUAUUGGAAACUGCAAUUCCGAGAAUCAAGAUUUCAGUAGACACCCUAGAUUAAAAGUGGACUUUUUUUGUUUAAUGCCCAAAGCCCAAAGAAGUACUUUUUUCAGGAUUCCUGUAUAUGAAAGGGUAAGGGUUUCACUGGUUGAUUUAUAAAAUAAGGUAGGGAAAUCUAUCAUUGCGGUCUGCGGAAGGACCUAAAAGGUGUAUUUUAUAGCUGUGAAAAAGACAAGAUAACUUUCUGUAUUUGAAGGGGGUAUCAUUAACAAAAUGUGAUUCGAAAGGGGCACCUUUUCUGUCAAAACUGGUGUAUAAAAGGGCUAGGGGUUGCACCUCGGGGUGGAGCCCCCCCCCCCCGUGUGAAAUUUUGUUCAGUCCCCCCAGUCAAUAUCCCCCAGCUGGAGACCAGUGAAAUUGUGCGUAUAAUUCAGCAUUCCAUAGCAAAUACAAAUAUUUUACAAAACAUAAUUCAGUAAACAAAAUAUUUCAUAAAAUUGGUUAAUCGUUCAUGACAGGAGAUCUGUAUUAUGACAAGAGAAUUACUUGGACGUUUCCUUGAUUUAUUUAACAAAAAAUACAAUAUCAGUUUAAAAUAUUCACUACAAGCUACUAUAUUUCAGUCUUUACAAUACAAAGAUACAAAAACCUCUACUUUGAGAAGACAUGCAAACUAUCUUAAUGUUCAUAAUGACACAAUAUGUAUACGAAAAUUACAUUUAUAACUGCAUUGUGGCUUAUUGUUAAUACAUCAACAUGUAGUCUACACAAACCGUUAACUUUAAUGGUCAUGGAGACCCCCGAAUCACUUUCCAUUAAGUUGUCCUUAAAAUUAAUUGUACCCCUUUCAUACUAUAUCUUGAAGAGACAGUAACAUUACCAGUUGAAUGGAUAAUCAAUCGCUAUUUUUUUCUAUUUCUACAAGAUCCUUUUAAAGGGAUCUCUUAGAAAAACCUCCUACACAGGUCGACCUUUAUCAGGCGCGGAUCUAAGAUAAGUGCUGACCGAUUUCCUAAACGAGCGCUGAAAGGGUAAGCUUUUAGGGUGUCCGGGAACAUGCUCCCCCUGGAAAUUUUUUGGAUUUUAACUCCUUAAAGUCUCCUUUUUUGGGGUCCCUGAGUCAUUCAGACAGGAUACUGGCGAGAUUAGGGAUCUCGCUUACGUCAAAGGGAAAACGCGAAUUUGUAGCACGUGACGAAGUUCCCCUUUGUUUGUCGCCUACUGUUCAAAAUUUCUACACAUAAAUUAGUACUUUCGCGCAAUUUUUCGUACGUCAAAUUUUAUCAAAAAAUGAUUGACUAGCUAUAGGACCACAAUACAAGGCUGCAUAGGCCCGUCGAAGCUUGAAAAAAAUAUCCGCAAGUGGAAUUAAUGAACAUGUUUGAUAUACCAAUGAGAAACAUGUUUCACAACGAGCUUGUAACCCUGAGUUUGAGUUCCAGAAACAAGAAUGUCAUAAAACAAAGGGAAGAAAGAGGAACCCAGUUGUAAAGGACUUGAAUGACAGUUCAGUCUUUGUUUCCGGCAAGCUAACGCUGAAGAAUAAAACAGGGUCAUUCUCUUUUCUUUUCCCUCCUUUCUUUUUUGACAAAUAUUUUUUUACCAAAAGCGUGAUUUCAUUCUCUUAUUCGGAAUCAUAAAAUCAGAUUACUUUCUAAUAUAUAACUGAGAGUUUAUUGAAAGUCAAGGAAAAUCCGUCGACGUAUUUUAACAGUUAAGUUGAGCAUUGCGUUAAAUAAGAAGAUAAACACGAUUUGCAUACGUCAUUUGGCGGAUGGAUUUUUAAUGUAAUUUCUUAAUUACCGGCUGAAAUUGUCUAUAAAUAUAUUUUUACAUGCACCAUUUAGUUAUAAGCCUCUAUUCGAAUCAGCUCAACUUUCUCUUUGUUGCUCCAAAACCGCAAGAUAUAAUUAAGUUUUAAGUCUGCACCAUUUAGUUAGAGGGAUGUUUGGUUACCCCUUAUCCCUGUACUUGAGCUUAGUUAGUUCACUAUUCCUAUAGUACCGAUAUUUCGAUUUUCAAAUUAAUCAUCCGCCUUCUAGCUAGUUUUAAUUAUUUUCCAAGUCAUUCCAGUCCUUACGAAAAUAGAAUAUAACAAUAACAACAACAAUAAUAAUAAUAAUAAUAAUAAUAAUAAUAAUAAUAAUAAUAAUAAUAAUAAUAAUAAAUAUAAAAUGGCCAGUUAUACUAGUCUUAUAUUCUUAUAUAGUAAGGGAGUACGUUAACAGCAGGUGGAUAAAUGUCAAAUGCCUAUAUAUUGAGAAUCAAUAUAAUAUUGAGAAUCAGGAUUUUUGCUGGAAAGGUUUAAUUGAAUUGACUCAGUUUACUCUAAAUGAGCCAGCCACAUGGUAAACAUUAGCCAAACAGGAACGUGUAGUGCAGAAUUUAUUUACUCCUUCAUUAAAUUUACCGUUUCGCGAACCAAAAGUUAAAACUAGUUCCUGUGCCUUAAUACUUUUUUGAAAACUUGCUUCCCACUUUCCGUAAUCAUUAAUCUGUACAAAAAAGGUCGUAGUUGGUAGAUCUAAACGUAUCUGUUUUGUGAGAAUCAUAUUUCCAACAAUUAGGUGUGGCUCUCCCCUGGAUCAUUAACUUCUAACAGAAGCAUAUGCUUCCGCUUCUAAACAGCAUACUUUCAAUUAACUUCAAAACGGACCGUUUUUAUGACCUACAGUUUUAAGUAGCUCCAUGUUCUAAGUGAAACCUCGGGGAAGCAUUUUGUUUAACAGGGAAGUAGAGUAAGGUAAACAGACAAGAUAAACAAACCCCUAAUGCUGCCGGCUGCGAUAAUUGCUAAACUGCACUUAAAGUUAACAUACUGAGGGUGCUUCAUUUGCGUGAGGCAGUUUUGUAUCACAUUUAUCUCUUUUUGGUGCUCUUACACUUCCAAAUACAGAGGAUAUAUAAGUUCUUAUAAAUUUAAAAGAGAGAAAAACUACUAUCUACUUUCCCGUAAGGCAGAAAAAUUUAUGCAUGGAGAAUUACUGGGAGUGGGUGCAAGAGUCUACUGCUGAGCGAGCCCCACAGGACUAAGGAAUCUACAUCAGUUUCUCGUCACUUUCGUGGAAAUGUUACGAAAUGAUGUCACUUUCUUCAAAUCGAAUUCAGUUAAGAAUUUGGUUAUCUCUUCUUAAAACGUGUUCAAUAAAAAUUGUUACCAAAACAAUAACAAGCGAUUAGUCCAUUAAAACAGGGAUAUUGAAAUUUUGCAACAGCUACCCGUAGAAAUAUUGUUUGCUGUCCGUAUGUUCUUAAUGGUUGAAUACUGAAAGCUGUCAUGACAAAGUUCUCUAUUUGAAGCCGAGAGAAACGUGAUAGGGUCAUCCUGCUGUCAAUAUUUUCCUGUUUUAGGCGCACGUUGUUAGUUUCUGAACCACUGAGGUAAGAUAUAGUAGGGAUAAUGCCGAGCAUGGGCGUUUGUCUCCAAAUUUGUGCCUUUGGUCUGUCUCUGUUUUUAUUCCCAGUUGCCUUUGGUUGCACUGAUGGUAAGCAUUUUACAUCAUCUUCAAAAUUUGGUUUGCAAACCUUCUUUAGUUAAGUUACCUAACCUUGAAGGCAACUCAAUUAAACAUCCAAAAGCGGAAUUAACAAUUCAAAUAUAUAUAAUUAAACCUUCUUGAAGUAGUGGAAUGAAUUUCGGACACUUUGUGUUCCACUACCCCAAACCUUGUAGUAAAUUAAAGCAAAAAUAGGUACUUAUACAUAAAAACCAGAAAAGAAAAAAGCUUAACGAUACUUCGAGUCAUGCUACAAGCUGUGAAACGCUUAAAAUGAGAUUGACGGGGUGAGCAUUUACUGCAUUUAAGGGUGACAAAGAGCGACUUUUGAUAUUCCUUUUUUUUAUUCUUUGCAAACAGUUGUUUUUAUGUUCAAAAGUGAGUGUUUUUCUUUUUAAUUGUUCUCUUUUUUUGACUCAUUUUGACUAACUUAAUCUCAUUACAGGAAUAGUCAUGCAAAAUUCCCGUAUAUUUUUUUAAUAGCAUAUGCUGAGUAAAGGAUUGGAUAUAAGUGCUUAUCGAAUUUCUUGAUUCAUUGAUAUUUUCCAUAUAUCUUUAUUCCAAGGCUGUUAGGCUUUUUAUUGGUAAUACAAUCGAAUUGAGUUCAAAAUAUUUUACCCAAAUACACCGUCUGUUGAUACCGCUGAGAAAAAGUAAUAACGCCGUAAAAUUGAUUGUGUCCUUGAAGCAAAAUAGUUUGGAAGGCUUCACUACCAAUGGUUUUUCGAAGAUUCCAAGUUCGCAUUUAAGACCACUAACUUCAAUAUCUCGAAAAAUAUGCUAUAUAAAGUCUGGACUUCAGAUUGUUUAUGAAGUUUAACAGUUUAGUUCUAAUAACUAUUUUUUUAGGUAAUUUUCGUUUAUGCAAUCGAAUUAAUUCAGUUCAAACUAUUUUUCGCAAAGACACUGGCUGUAUACGCGCAAGGAAAAAAAUAUAACCCCGGAAAAAUUACUGUCAACGUCCUUGAAGACAAAUAAUUCGGAAGGCUUCAUCGGUGCACCAUAAAUCUUUUUAAUUUCUGAAAAGCAUACUUCCUAAGCAAUAAAAAGAGACCAAAAUUAAUAUAAAUCUGUACGUGGAAUAUUUAAGAAUUUAUGAUUUUUCGACGAUUCAAAGUUCGCUAACUAAAUUUUGCGCAAAAUGACCUGUGUGCAACUUUGGACAAAAACACGAAAUUCUACAUCUCGAAAAAUAUGCCAUGUAAGGUUGGGAUUUCAAAAUCUUUAUGCAGUAGAACAGUGUUUUCACUAUUUUCAAGGUAAUUUCCCUUAUGCAAUUGAAUUGAGUUCAAACUAUUUUUCGUAAAUUACCGUAUAAGAAGGUGGAUUGGCAAUAUUCACAGCAUGGGAAGGAAUUGUUUGAAAAAAAUACAGUGCAACUAGAAUUCUCUUUUAUUUGCUGCCAUUUUGACUGCCUAUAACCAGAACACUUAAUUAUUACUUAAUCUGUUAAAUUGCAUGACUGAAAUUUCUUAUUUUCUGCACAAGUUAUUAGCCAAAAUAUCUUGCGGUAGAGGGAAUUAAGCAACGGGGAACAUGUAAGUCCCCUUCAAAGUUGGCGCUGUCUUCCUACUGCUAAAAUAUAAACAUCAGUUACAAGUAGUUCCCUGCUCUGAGACAAAGACACCGAAGGAAACCUUAGGAAAAAACCUCUGCACAAGUGGUAUUUUUACCCAAAAAAUUACGGCCCAUUCAUUUGUUUCUUUCUUGUUUCAGAUAAUGGUCGUACACUAGAGUUCCCAGGACCUUUCUCCUUCAUUAGCAAGCGUUUGGUGAGCCACACUAUAGGAACUAAAAUUGUUGCUGAUUUUGAGAACUGCAAGCUGCAUUGUUACUACGAACACAAUUGCGUGAGUGUCAACUAUCACGUGAGCACAAAAACAUGUGAGUUAAACAACGCUACUCAUCGAUGGCAUAAUAACGAAUUCAAAGAUGAAAAUGGUUACCUCUAUCAUGGAGCAGAUGUAAGUUCUUCCUAGUUAACUGCUCUCCUUCCCUUCCCCCCUUUUCCUCCCCCUGCUUCUCCUUCUCCUUCUCCUCCUCAACAUUAUCACCAUUAUCAUCAUCAUCACCGUCAAUAUCAUUUCUCGUUCACUUUUCUUCUUCUUCUUCUUCUUCUUCUUCUUCUUCUUCUCUGCAAAAUUUCCACUGAUUAUAUCACUUCACCCUAAUCAUCCAGCUACUCGUUUGCUUCAUUUACUAUUUUCUCUGUUUCUCUUUUAAGAAUGCCUGUGAAGAGUUCGAUUGUUUAAAUGGAGGAACCUGUCAAUCCGGAUUCACAGUAGAAAGAUAUCGAUGUUUGUGCCCUCUUGGUUUUAGGGGUAAGCGCUGUCAAGCAGGUAAG